UAGCUUCCUGAUAGAUGUCCAGCCAAGGACAAAACUGGGAAGAAGAUUACAAAGGGUAGAAGUAUUGAACUCGAGGGACGUACACCUAACCCUGGAACCACUCUGUGCGAUGUCCCGAUCCGCGAAAAUGUGGACUGCACAGGCAGACCGAGCCCUCUUGAGCAUGUCAAGCGACGUUCCCCACCCGAUUCAUCCGACUCGGAAUAUCUACCUGGCCCCAGUUCCUCCGAAGACUCAAGUGAAGAACGGUUUCUGUGCCGCCCUCGAUGAUCUUGUCGCUCUUUCCGGAAUGGGCAAGGAUGCCUACUUGACUGACAUCAAAACCAAGAUCAACCAGAAGACGAACUUGUACAACAUUCCAAAGGACACUAAUGCUGCUAAAAACCACAUCACAGCAAAGUUCAAAGCUGGGAAUGGUGCUUCCAACGCUGCAACAGCCCCGUUCGACCCCGAGAAUGUGAUUCAGUGGGGACGAGUGAAGACGUACCUCAAUACUCCGUACGUUUCUAGCAAUGCGGCAACUUUAGUCAAGUCCAUAGACACAAAGGCGACGGCGCUUCUGGAGAAGGCAGAAUUGGAUGCCAAGGGUUGCCAGGCUUCUCAGAAUACAAUCGAUUCUGCGAAAGCCAAGUUCGAGCCCAGUGAAGUGACCAUGGCAUCGAUAUGGGAAAACUAUGUCAAAUAUGUCACUACGCAGGCGAAGGUGAAGAACUAAUCCGAUACGUUGCUAAUGUGUAUCAUAAAUACAGUAUUGACAAAGUCCAG